GCGCACAACUGCGUGCUACAGCCGAAAACAAAUGUGGCUCCUACAGCGGAGAUGUUUCCACUCGUCGUUGAGUUUCAUGAAGAAGGUGAAGGGGAGAAGUCCCGCGGAACAGCGCUGGCUGCUGCGACAGCUCAAAGACCCGUACGUUAAAGCGUCUCACGACCAGCACUUCCGCUGCCGAAGUGCCUUCAAGCUGCUGGAAAUAGACGAUAAGUUCCGAGUUCUACAUCCCGGUGACAGUGUGGUGGACUGCGGCGCAGCACCUGGAGCCUGGAGCCAGGUGGCUGUGCAGAGGGUCAACUCCGCCGGGACAGAGCAGAACGCAGCACGUGGAACAGUUGUUGGCAUCGACCUGCUGCACAUACCACCUCUCGACGGCGCCCACUUCCUGUCCAGUCACGACGUCACGGACCCCGCCACGCACGCCAAACUGCAGGAGCUGCUCCCCUGUGGCCAGGCGCACGUCAUUUUGAGCGACAUGGCGCCCAACGCCUGCGGCUUCAGGGACAUGGACCACGAGAGGCUCAUCACCAUGUGUUUGUGUCUGAUCGACUUGGCUGAGAAGAUUCUGCAGCCUCGGGGCUCUCUGCUCUGUAAGUACUGGGACGGGAGUCUCGCCCACCGUCUCCAGCAGAGACUCUCGAGCGCGUUCGGCAGCGUCCGCACCAUAAAACCAGACGCCAGCCGAAAGGAUUCGUCCGAGAGGUUUUUCCUCGCUCAGAUGUUCAGAAAGACGGCGCAGUGAUAUUUGCUGUUUUGUCCUGAUUGAAGCCGUUUGAUCAGCGAGUGGUCUUCUGUAGUCGCCGUUCUCAAAAGAUGGCCGCGUUGAGCCACGAGCGAGGCUGCAGCCACGAGCGAGGCUGCAGCCACGGCGCGCUCAUGUUUGUGG